GAAAAGCUUUUCCGGUCGCAUAGAGGUGCUACUUCGUCGUGUUGCUUUGAUCACCCGUUGUCAUGCUCUUCAACACUGAUUUAGGAAAACCUAGAAAUUUUCUCUCCCGUUCGGCGUGGAUCAGGAAACCCUAAUCUCCUUAAUUGGUUGGAGGAGCACUUGGGAAGAGAAGAUGCUGUUCCAGGUGGGAGGACAGGGAACGCGGCCGACCUUCUUCGAGAUGGCGGCCGCGCAGCAGCUUCCGACCAGCCUUAGAGCCGCUCUCACUUACUCCCUUGGUGUACUUGCCUUAAGAAGGCCAUUCCUCCACAAGAUUUUAGAUUUUGAUGACGAGUUCUUUGCCUUGUUGAUGAUGGUUCUUGAAAGUCACAGCUUAAGAACCACAGAUGCAUCUUUCUCAGAGUCAUUAUAUGGUCUUAGAAGGCGGUCCAUAAAGCUUGUGCUAAAUAAAAGUGGCUCCAAUGUAGAUUCAAAUGAUAAUCUACAUCGUUCAUGCUUAGGAAGGCGCCAAAAAGUUCUAUCUGUGGUAUUUCUGGUGGUUUUGCCAUAUUUUAAGUCCAAGUUGCAUUCCAUGUACAAUAAAGAAAGAGAAGCAAGGCUACAAGAAAGCCUUUGGGGUCAUGACGACGGAAGGCUGGAUGAUAUUGAUUAUUUCUUUCACCAAGGGGAAAUUUCUCAGACACGAGUUGAAUUUCAGAACAUGCAAGAUUCAAAUAUGAUACGUUUCAAGAAGAAAAUCAUGGCAAUUGUAGGCGCUUGCUACCCUUGGGUACAUGCAACCAAUGAAGGACUAUCAUUUGCUUAUCAACUGUUAUAUUUGUUGGAUGCUACUGGUUUCUUUACCUUGGGACUACAUGCUCUUGGCAUCCAUGUAUGUCGUGCUACAGGACAAGAACUGAUGGAUUCAUCAUCCAGAUUAUCAAAGAUUAGAAGUGGUGAACUGGAGAGGCUUCGUGGUCCUCCUUGGUUGAAGUCAUUUCAGAGAGCACUGCUAAACUGUGUAUACACAACACUGGACUAUGCUCAAACUGGCCUAAUUGCUGCUGUGUUCUUUUUCAAGAUGAUGGAAUGGUGGUAUCAAUCUGCUGAAGAGAGAAUGUCGGCUCCAACUGUUUAUCCCCCACCUCCCCCACCACCCCAUCCUAAGGUUGCCAAUGAUGGAAUACCAUUGCCUCCUGAUAGAACUAUCUGUCCUCUCUGCUCCCAGAAAAGGGUGAACCCAUCAGUCUUGGCUGUCUCUGGUUUUGUGUUCUGUUAUUCAUGCAUAUUUAAGUAUGUCUCGCAGUACAAACGGUGCCCUGUCACAUUAUUACCUGCAUCGGUGGAGCAGAUCAGGAGACUCUUCCAUGAUUUAUAGCAUUAGUUCUACCAUUUAGAGUUCUUCAAAUAAGGGCACAAACUUCAAAGCAACUUGAACGGGUAGGAUGCACUCAUUCUAAAAGCAUUCCGUUUAUUGCUUACAAAUUGUGACAAAAGCCAGGUUCUAAUUGCUCAUACACUUUUCAACCCAGUUUUUCAAAAUCAGAGAAAAAUGUUUUAGAAAGUAGAAUGUUAUCUGAACAUCUCAAGGCAGGUUAAUGUCGAAUGUAUAGAUGAAAAAUUGUUCUGACCGUUAUUGUACUAAAUUUCAUUCAGCUGACAGGAAAUUUUUAGCUGUACAAUUUUAGCUUACAGAAUAUGAUGAUGGUGUAUUAUAAAUUGAGCCUUUUAUUUAUAACCAAAUGGUUUUGUCCAAUGAAGCUAUCUAUGAAACUUCUUUACUUUA